AUGUUGAUACAGAAGAGGGCGGCUAAUAAGGUUACUUAUCCCUCUAUGUGGGCCAAUGCUUGUUGUAGUCAUCCCGAGUAUAACGAUGAUGAAAACACUGAGCCCCCGUCACAGGGAGUUGUUGCGGCCGCGUACAGGCGACUCGAACAAGAGUUGGGCAUCAAAAAGGAUGAGUUGAUUCAAGAGCUCCAUCCGCUGACCAGAAUAAAGUAUUCGGCCCGAUGCUCAGGAGAUGGGUCUGAUUUUGGCGAGGCCGAAAUUGACUAUAUUUUGAUUGGAUUUUGCAAGGACCAAAUUCCGGUUGUUCACAAUCCGGAGGAGAUCUUCGAGAGCUUCGACGAUUGCCUCGUUCGCAUCACUAUGUUUUCACGCCGUGGUUUGAGCUCCUGGCAAAGAUGA